AGAUUCCUUUAUCAUUAACUUUACUUGUGGGAGGAGUAGGGUCCGUCUCAGGGUUACAAAACGUGAAGAUUGAAUUGAAAAACACUGAUUCCUGCGUCUUAGUUGGAAUACUUAAAUAUUGUAACUUUUGGAGGAGUGAUGUAUCGGCGACCAUUGCAGUCCAUCGUAAGGAACAUUUAUAAAUGUGUCAGCAUCGAGAGCCACCCUUGGAAAGGAUGUGUCUGGUGCGGAUGAGGCAGCGAGGCCAUGAGGGGAAGUACAUGUGCCGCUACAUCGUCCACUCAAUGUGGGAGGAUGUGGAGCAAAGGAGCAAGAUCAUGGGAAUUGAUGCCAUUCACCGGAAGGAAAGCAUGAGGGCUAUGACAGAGACUUUCUACGCUGCUAUUUUUGGAUAUGAUGAGGGAAUCUUGUCGGGCGAUGGGGUGCUGGCGGCCGCCCUGUGGAGGAACAUGUUCAAACGUCAGUGCGAGGACCCCAGGCAGCUGGAGCUCAUGUUGGAGUAUGUCCGCAAACAGAUGCAGUUCAUCGAUACUCUGGACGGGGAGGACCUGUUACUGACGGGGGAGGUAAAGUGGCGUCCCCUCCUGGAGGAGAAUGCACAGAGCAUCCUAAAGGUCCCCAGCUCCACCUACAACGAUGCUGGGCUCUGAGAUGCCCAUCCCUACCACCCUGCUACGCCUUGUUAUCUACCUAUAUUCCUCUGUGUCUGAACACACUGUACUAUAGGCAGGAUAACCAAUCAGGGACUCUCACACUUGAUCUACACACACACACCCUCUUUCUCUCUUCACUCCCAACAACAUAUGUAAAAUGUAAAUAACAUGAGUAAGUCUACCUCUGAUAAGCUUCCCAGUAAAGGA